AUGGACAAGGUGCUGGCCUUCUCCAUCCUGAGCGCGUCGCCGGCUGACGUCGCCCCCGGCGCCGGCUCCGGCAACAGCUGGGCUCGGCUCUCCUGGCAGCGGCAGGGGAGGAGGCUGCAGGAGCAGCAGGACGACGACGACCAGGCUAGAGCAGGGCAAGACGGAAAGCAGCGCGGUCUGCCGGCUGAGGCGGAGCAGCAGCCGGACAAGGGGAAAUCGCAGUCACCGCCGACGUUGAGGCCGCGGUUCGCGCCGGAGUUCGAUGGGAUCGACUGCUUCGGGACCAUCGUGUGCCACUGA